CAAUCACACAAGCACCGAUGCGCAUGUAAACAUGGGCUGUGCAACACAAAACUAUACGCUACCCCGGAUGUGCCUUUAACUCCUUAAUUACCAGUUUUCCCAGCCAGCACAGACUCCUGAUCCGCCUUGCGCACUGGCGACACUGCCCCUCUGAAUAAGUAGAAUAAACUUGAGCGGCGAGGACGGUGGAUGCAUGGAAUGGGGUGAGGUGAAGAAGUGAAGGAAGACGAGAAGACAGGGAAGGCUGUGAUGUAGAGAGUGUUUUUUUCUCACUUAAGGGAAACAUGGAGACUAUAAGUCCUCCUAUCACGGCUCUUAAUGUGUCCCCUGCGUAUCGAGCUGAGAUUCUUGAGAAUCCACUCCAGACCUAUCUUCUGGGAAUCAUCAUCUCCAUAUGCGGGAAUGUCCUCAUCAGCAUUUCUCUCAACAUUCAGAAAUAUGCGCACGUCCGCCAGGCUCAGCGUUGCUCUAAGCCCUACUACACCUCCCUCAUGUGGUGGAGCGGCGUGGUUCUCAUGGGUAUCGGAGAGAUGGGGAACUUUGCUGCCUACGGCUUUGCCCCAGCAUCACUCAUAGCCCCGCUGGGCUGUGUGGCUGUGAUAGCCAGUGCCAUCAUAUCUGUGGUUUUCCUCAAGGAGACGGUGCGGCCAUCUGACAUUGUUGGUGGCACCCUGGCAAUAACAGGAACAUAUGUUCUGGUGACCUUUGCUCCUCACACCUCCACAAACAUCACAGCUCAACUGGUCCAGUACUACGCUAUGAGCUGGCACUUUUUGCUCUACAUGUUUGUAGAAAUUGUCCUCUUUUGCAUUCUGCUCUAUCUGUACAAGAGGAGGAAAGUGAAGCACAUUGUGAUUGUCAUGCUGCUGGUCGCCCUGCUGGCCUCUCUAACAGUGAUCUCAGUCAAAGCUGUGUCAGGGAUGAUCACUGAGACAGUGAAAGGCCAGCUGCAGCUCGUCUACCCCAUCUUUUAUGUCAUGCUUGUCAUCAUGGUUGCCUCCUGUGCCUUCCAGAUCAAAUUUCUCAACCAGGCAAUGAAAAUGUUCGAUGCCACAGAAGUAGUUCCUGUCAACUUUGUAUUUUUUACCGCAAGUGCCAUCGUCGCAGGAAUAAUAUUUUACCAGGAGUUUGAAGACUUGGCUUUACUUAACAUUUUUAUGUUUCUAUUUGGUUGUCUUCUGUCCUUCCUUGGAGUUUUCCUGAUAGCCAGAAACAGGCCAAAAAUAAAGCAGCAAGAUCGAAACUUUAUUGCGAUGGAUAAAAUCCCUGGGAGAAGGCACACGGACACUGUGCAGCCUGAGGCGAAGACUUCAACAUACGGAUCACUGGCAGCAAAACUCAUAUGCAACAGAUCCGACCAAACAGCUGAUUCAUAGGAGCAGAUCAGUCUGCUGGGACUGUACAUUUGUGGAUUAAGUCUUCUAAAGGUUCUUCUUUUAUGUCUUGAUGUAUUUUCAUGUUAAAAACUGGCAUCAAGUCAAGCUAGUGCCAGCAGAGCAGCAGCAUUGAUCACCAUAUUUGUGUUUGAUUUUCAUUAUCCUGGAACAAUUUCACUGUUUCUUGUUUAACUGUAUUUACAGCAGGGUUGACAAUAAAAUAUGAGAAAAACUGA